AGGUUAGCCCACGGCCACCGCCUCACACGCCAAUAACACCCACGUAGGCCCCUACGUCAUACUGUUGGGCCCCACGAGUCAGCCUCACAUACCUGUAUUUAUGUACAAUCCGUGUUGACUAAAGAACGAGUCCAUACUCUUUUAUAUUAUUAUUAUUAUGUUAUGUUCUAUGUUCUAUGUUCUAUUCCCGGGGCUCACACUCUCUCACAUUGCUUCUUCUAUAUAUGCGAUUUUGAGCACCAUUCAUUCAUGCACAGUGACACUCCGCUUUCUAGUUGACCCACGACUCCUUCCUCGCUUUGCUUAGCCACCGCAACCACCACCUACAACAGCUAGCUAGCUACCCCAACUCCGACGCAACUUCCCACCUCCCCCUCUCCCUUUUUUUUUUCUGUUCAAUUCAUCUCCCUCUUUGUAUAAAAUCACCCACCCCCUCUUUCUCUCUCUCUCAAACUCGACCACUAUAGUACGUCUCUCCUCACCAGCACUCCUCUUCACUACUACCACCACUACUGCUACUAAUAUUAAGAUUCUUUCUCUCAUCGAUGGCAAUUGAUGCUUUAGAGAGAACCGCGAUACCGCCGCCGCCGCCGCCGCUGUCGACGGAAGAAGCGAGCGAGGAGGAGGAGGAGGAGGAGGAGGAGGAGGAGGAGGAGGUCUUCCCGCCCCUCGAGGGGUGGGCGAAGCGGAAGCGGUCGAAGCGGCACAGCCGCUUCUUCCCCGACCACCGCCAGCCCACCGAGGAGGAGCACCUCGCCCUCUGCCUCGUCAUGCUCGCCCGCGGCGGCCGUUACGGCCCCCACCGCGUCUCCUCGCCACCGCCACCACAGCCGCCGCCGCCGCCGCCGCCGCAGUACAAGUGCUCCGUAUGCGGCAAGGCCUUCGGAUCGUACCAAGCCCUCGGCGGGCACAAAGCAAGCCACCGGAAGCCGAUCUCCGGCGACGAUGCGCCGGCGGCGAUCGCCGGCGCCGCUGCUACGUCGGCGGCGUCGGGGUCCGGGUCGUCGACUGGGGGGGGAGGAGGAGGAGGAGGAUCGGAGAAGGUGCACCGGUGCUCGGUGUGCUCGAAGACGUUCCCGACGGGGCAGGCGCUCGGCGGGCACAAGAGGUGCCACUACGAAGGAACGAUCGGCGGCGGCGGAGGCGGGGGGAGAAGCGCUUCUGCUACCACCGUAGCAUCUGAGGGGGGCAGCUCGAGCCACCGGGGGUUCGACCUGAAUGUCCCGGCGAUGCCGGAAGGGUUUGAGGGUGCAAAACGAUACUUUGCGAUGGCGGCGGCGGCGGCGGCUGCCGCGGCGGAGGAAGAGGAGGUGCAGAGCCCGCACCCUUUCAAGAAGCCCCGGCUCCUAAUCCCGGCUUGAUUCUGACAGCAAUUUUAAGUUUUCUUUAAGUUUUCUUAUUACUUUUUUUUUUUUUCUGAUAUUAUUCUUUCUAGAUGUUGGAUUAUGUAUGUGUACAGAGAAUUAUUCAUUCUUUGUAGCAGUUUUUGGCUUUUAUUAGUUCUCCCUUUAAAAUUUUUUCGGCCAAUUUGCAUAAAAAAUUUACUUAUUUUGGACUUUUGCAAAA